UACACACCCACCGACCAUUACGCUAUAAUUUAGCUAUAAAUAUUAGUUACUAAAAAAACUGAUGUGGAAACAUUUGAUACAUACAUAUUUACAUAAAUACAUACGUGAAAUAACUUAUGUAUAUUUUCAUGUGAUAUGACAUCGAGUCGGUAGUAUUGCUGACUCAAUUUUUAAAUUUUAUUUUGCAAACUACAUAUUUAAUUUUAUGCUUCUUAAAUUGUCUAAGGAGACAUUCAAUAUUAUGAUACGAAUGGGAUUGGCAACUUGUCCUUUGAAACAUUAGGUUGGUUUGUAUGACUUAUGUAUUUAUUACUAUUACAUGUUAUUAUUCCUGACACAUGUUAUAUGUGCCAGGAAAUUAACAUUUAUUUUCAUUUUAAUGUUGGAUCAAUUUUUGAAUCUCCUACGCCCAACGUGAACUGAAAAAGAUUUUUAAAUGUGUCAAAUAUACGCAAUACAAACUAAAUCGUGAAGGUCCUGAAAAAUAUAACGCUAGAAAAAUGAGGGAGAAAAUUACGGCUUAUUUUUUUUUUUUUUUUGUCUUAACUAAUUGCUUUUAUUUAUUAACAUCAACUUAUUUCAGAUGAAACCCCGUAAUGGGUUGCUAAGGACAAAUCGGCAAUAAGCUCACAUCCACCGAGAAAUGUCGUUCAUAAACGUAAAGAAAAAUUUCCCCCUUCUCGUCAUCAUCCUAUUUUCAACACUUCAUGGUUUCCUCGUUGGCGAAUAUAUUUGGAGCAUUGUGUUCCCUACGAGAACAAUUCCUUCUUCUACUAACCCAACUUCAGACAUGUAUUCCAUUUUCAGCAAAGUCCUGACAUUUCCUGAAGAACAAAUCCAAUCCAAAACCAGCGAAGACUCACGAAAAACAUGGAACUGGGAUCGUGCCGAGAAGGAAAUUAAACAACGUCGGUAUACACGUGAGUACCAUAAGAAGCUUGAACGGGUUUUAUACGUCGUGACCCCGACGGUGCGUGGACCAUCGCAGAUUGCCGACCUCACCCGCACGGCCCAAGCUCUCUACCCCGCUCGAAAACUGGUUCAUUGGUUGAUUUACGAAGAUUCAAACCGGACACGAGCCCCGUAUCCAGACCAUCUCACACAUCUGCGCCACGAGCUUGCCGACUUUGUCACGGAGUUCCUCUCCAUCCAAAUCCGGUGGUCGGGAGUGAGGCAGGCGGCCGAUUUUAGCAAAUUUAACCACAAGGGCGUCGAAGGUCGAAGGACAGGGCUGACUUGGAUAAGAAAACAUGUAACGAUCAAAGGGAAGAGACGUGGAAAAGGGCGUGAAUGGAGGAACGAUGGAGUUCUAUUUUUCAUGGAUGACGACAACACGUAUGAUAGCGACCUUUUUCGACAGAUUUUGACGCUGACGCCUACGAAAAGCAUCUCUGCCUGGCCCACGGGCCUUGUCACACCACAAACUCAAUUGUGCGCCCCCGUCGUCAACCUUUCGACUGGCGUGGCUUUCGACAUCUCGGACGGGUGGAAGGUCAACAGAGCGUUUCCACUAGAUUUUGGUGGCUUUGCUAUUCCUGUCAAACUCCUCGUGGAUAAGCCAAAAGUCUCAAUUCCAUACAUUGCUGGGUACGAGGAAUCAAUAUUCCUGAAUAAAUUGGGAGUCAAAUUGCGAGAAAUUGAAACGCUGGCGAAUCGUGCGACCGAAGUGCUCUCGUACCAUUCUAGAACUAAUUACGUGGCCUUCCAACCGGAUGGAAAAGGCAACGAACUCGAUGAAGGGCUGACGGAUAAAAAUACAAACAUUUUCGAGUUAAUUGGCAAAUAUGCAGCUACGAGAUCACAUCGUACCCUGUACUGAAAAUUUACUGAGGUCAAAUUUUAUUGAAUUGUUUCUUCAGUAAUUUCUGCAAUUUUUAUUUUAACUUUUCGUAAUAAAAUACAUUUUA